GCUGAAGUAUGAAAAGACCAAAAUAAAACGCUCCCUUCCCCCUUUCCCUCUCUCUCUCCUUUUCUUUCCUUCUCACGAAAUCUCUCUCCUUUUCUUUCCUUCUAACGAAAAAGAGAACAAAAACCAGAAACCCUUUCCCCGUGAAAACAUCUACCUCAAACCUCAAACCCUCAUCACUCUCAUUCAUUCAUCAUACUAAUCCUCGUUCCUUUCACUUUUCUAUAUACCCCAAAGCAAAAAAAGAAAAAAAAGUCACAUAAACCUCACUUCCUCAACCUCAAUCCAACACAACAACAAAAAAAAUCAAAAACAAAAAAACCUCACUUUGAUCACACAGAUCACACACACAAAAAAAAAGUUACCUAAAUUGAACCUACCCCAGUAGGUUCUACAAGCUCUUGAUCAUGGACUCAGCAUCAGGGGAGGCACCACCACCACCCCAACCCACUUCAGUAGAAGCUCCACCACCAUCAGGCUCUUCAGCUCCAGCCACAUCAGCACCAGCACCAACACAACCCGAAGGAUCAUCGCCGGCGCCGCCGAGUCGCUACGAAUCGCAGAAGCGACGAGACUGGAACACUUUCUUGCAGUACCUGCAGAACCACAGGCCCCCAUUAACGCUUGCACGGUGCAGUGGCGCACACGUCAUUGAGUUCUUGAAGUAUUUGGACCAGUUCGGAAAAACCAAGGUUCAUGUCACCGGGUGUCCGUACUUCGGGCACCCCAACCCUCCUGCACCCUGCACCUGCCCUUUGAAGCAGGCGUGGGGAAGCCUUGACGCCCUCAUCGGGCGACUCAGGGCGGCCUACGAGGAAAACGGAGGCCGCCCUGAGUCCAACCCAUUCGGCGCCAGGGCCGUCAGGACUUGCCUCAGGGAGGUAAGAGAAGGUCAGGCUAAAGCAAGAGGGAUCCCUUAUGAGAAGAAGAAGCGAAAGAGGACCACCAUGACGGUAUCCGCGGUGAGUAGUGGUGGUGGUAGUAGUAGUGCAGUUGCUGCUACGAGUGGCGGUGGUGACAGUGGUGAUACCAUUAUUGGUGGUGGAGUUGGUUCUAGUGCUAGUUUAGCUUCUACAACAACUGCCACAGCUAAUGUUACUACAACCACAGUAUAGUUUUAAUAGUUAUUUAUUUGUUUUUCUUUCUUUCCUUUUUUUUACAUUACUAUCUAUUUUUAGUUUUCUAAGGAAAUUAAUUGUGAUUACAAGGCUUAUAUAAAUUCAGUUGCAUAUGCAUAUUUUAUUA